UUUUCUUUUUUUGUUUUUUUUGUCGCCGUCAUUGUGCUGCCCUCCAACUAGGCCCUAAAAAGCUCAGAGCCCUAAUUCUGGUCCAUUAGGGUUUGCCUCCAAAGCUCUAAACUUUCAACCCCAAUUUCAAGCCCAUCAACUCCGUCUUCAACCUCUGUUUUUUUCAAAAUUUUGAAUUAAAUCAAUAAAAUACACGAUCCCUCCUUUUUUUUUUUCCCCCCGAUUUGCAAAGGGCGCCACUUUGAAUCUUCAGAUUGCGAUUCUCGAUCCUGUUCCCUGCGGAUGGAUACUCUUACAAUAGUGCCAAUCGAAAACAGUGAGGUAACCAUAGCAGAAAUACAGCCCAACAAGCGUCGGAGGAAGAAAUCUGUUGUAUGGCAGUACUUCACGGUGGAAAAAGUUAGUCCUGAUUGCGUUAAGGCCUGUUGUAAGCAGUGCAAGAAAACCUUUUCUUACAUUACUGGUUCAAAGGUAGCUGGAACCAGCCACCUCAAACGACAUAUUGACCUUGGGAUCUGCCCGGAAAGUCGUCAGAACAAUCAGCAAAUUGCAUUUACACCUGGUUUACAGACUGCUGCUACUAAUCGCCCCAGGAAACGCGUCAGGGCUUCCUCUGUAGUUCCAAGCUCCCAUUUUGACCAGAAUCGCUGUAGUCAUGAGAUUGCUAAGAUGAUUAUCUUGCACGAGUAUCCACUUCAUAUUGUGGAGCAACCUGGUUUUGUUGAUUUUGUUCGAAAAAUUCAGCCACAGUUUAGUAUGCCAAGCUUCAAUACUGUUCAAGGGGAUUGUGUGGCUAUGUAUCUGAAAGAGAAGCAAAGCCUUUUGGAUCUUGUCAAUGGGAUUCCUGGAAGAGUCAGCCUUGCAUUGGACGUGUGGAUUUCAGAUCAAACCCUGGGCUAUGUUUUUUUAACAGGGCACUUCAUUGAUGCUGACUGGAAUUUACACCGCCGGAUUCUUAAUGUUGCAAUGGUGCCAUCUCCUGAUUCAGCAGACUCUUUCAAUCAAGCUAUUGUAGCUUGCCUGUCUGAUUGGAAUUUGGAAGGCCGGUUGUAUUCCCUCACACUCGAUCAGUCGUUUCUGAAUGAGACGGCAUUUGAUAAUCUCAGAAGCUUUCUUUCUGUAAAGAAUCAGAUCCUGCUGAAUGGUCAGUUAUUAGUCAGAAAUUGCUUUGCUCGUGUUCUUAGUCAGCUUGCACAAGAUGCUUUGGGAUUAAUGAGAGAAACUAUUAGUAAAAUCCGUGAUAAUGUCAAGUAUGUCAAAACUUCAGAAUCACAAGAAGAGAAGUUUUUAGAGCUAAAGCAACAACUCCAAGUUCCUAGCAUGAAGGAACUUUUAGUUGACGACCAAACUAAAUGGGACACCACUUAUCAUAUGCUGGUGGCAGCUUGUGAACUACGAGAAGUCUUUGCUUGCUUUGAUACUUCGGAUCCUGAUUACAAUAUAACUCCAUUGACAGAUGAAUGGAAGCAGGUAGAAAUUCUCUGCACAUACUUGAAAUAUUUGUUUGAUGCAGCUAAUGUCUUAACUGCCGCAACCUACCCGACUGCAAAUGCAUUUUUUCCUGAAGUGUCAAAAAUUCAAAUGGAUUUGAUGGAAGCAGCCAUGAGCGAGGAUCCAUUUAUCAGCUACUUGAUCAGACCUUUGCAUGAAAGGUUUGAUAAAUAUUGGAGUAAUUGUUGCCUGGUUUUAGCGAUUGCUGUAGUUAUGGACCCGAGGUUUAAAAUGAAGCUUGUGGAGUUUACCUUCUCCAAGAUUUAUGGUGAGAAUGCUGAGACAUGGGUUAGGAUUGUUGAUGACGGCAUCCAUGAACUUUUUAUUGACUACAUGACGCAAAUGCUGGCGCUACCGGAACCAAGCAUGGACAAUGGCAACGAGCACAUGAUUGAUUCAGAGACACAUCAAGAAGAUGUCCAUGAUUAUGAAGGUCCGUUUAUUUCUACUGGUGACGGGCUUUCGGAUUUUGAAAUCUAUCUCUCCGAGAUUACAAGCAGUCAGCAAAUGAAGUCAGAACUAGAUCAGUAUCUGGAAGAGCCACUUCUUCCCAGGGUGCAAGAGUUCGAUAUUAUGAGUUGGUGGAAUCAAAACAGAUCAAAAUACCCAACUCUAUCUAGGAUGGCUUCUGAUAUAUUGUCAAUUCCAGUUUCCACCGUUGCUCCUGACUCUGUGUUUGAUACUAAUUUAAAGGUGGUGGAUAAGUACCGGAGUUCAUUGCAUCCAGUGACGCUUGAGGCCCUUAUCUGCGCAAAGGAUUGGCUGCAACAUGGGUCGUCAACCCAAACGCCUUCACCGUCGUUUGAGGUUACAAAUGCAAUUGUCAGAAUGGAAUUUUAGAUUUAGGUUUAGUUUGUAUUUUCUUCCUCUAGGUAGAUCAUUGAAUGCCCUCAUUUUGAUUGAUUUUGAGGGCCACCAAUGUUCGUCAUUAAUUUUUGUUUUUGUCGUGUUCAUGUUAAUCUAUCGUAGGAUGUUCAUAUAGUUCAGGAUUGUAUUGUGCUUGUGCUAGGAAUUGUUUCUAUUAUUGCAUUCAGUAAAUCGCCGCAAGGGUAAAUUGUGGCUUUCCAA